AUGGUGACCUACAUCUUGGCCGCCCAACACGGCCUGGGACGCCAUACCGAUACUCUUGAGAAGGAAGACCAUCAUGAGUACCUGAAGUUGACCUUCAUACAAGCGAUAGUAUCUACCAUUGGUGGAAUGGCUUUCCUCAAACUCUCCGUCGGGUUCUCACUCCUUCGUCUCAAAGUUCCCACCUUGUACACCAGAAUGCUCUGGUCGCUUAUCGCCUUCGUUUGUCUUUAUACAGUGGUCUCGUGGGGAGAGUGGGCUGCUGUUUGCAAGCCCAUAGCCGGCUUUUGGAACAAAGACCUCAAGCCAACAUGCUUGGCCGUGAACAUCCACAAAGGCUUCGCGCUAAUGAACACAACGUGCAAUAUCUUAACUGAUAUCUGUUUCGCAUCUAUUCCCGUGCCCAUCAUAUUAGGGUUACAGAUGAAACAAAGGACUCGCAUCUACCUUAUCCUCGUUCUAAGCUUGGGCUACAUAGCAGUAAUCAUGGGUAUCGUUAAGACGGUCGUCCAAAACACAAAGAGGGGUGAUCCUGAUCAGUCAUUCACGAACGAUAUACAGUUUUGGGGUUUCCUCCAGGUAAACAUCGGUAUCAUAGCCGCAUGUGCGCCUUCACUCAAGCCCAUCGUCGGUGGCAUCCUCCAUCUCCCGUCAACUCAGCAGUCCAAAACUCGAAGCAAUUUUGCUACGGGCUCGAACAGCCAUCCCAACAAAUCCAGAAUACAGAGCCGGAUACGGAUUCAGAGCAAGGGAUGGAUGCGGACAGAUAGCGAGAUCGAGCUCGAUGGAGCAGAGUCUUUCGGCAGCGAGACACAUAUAACGAGCAAUAAGGAUGAUCGCUCUGGUAGCCACUGA